AUGCUAUUCAAUACCAACCGUCAGGAUGAAGACCCCUUCACACAAUUGAUCAAUCAAUCAUCAGCAAAUGCGCAAAAUCAACGGGAACAACAGGAGGAAAAACCUUACCAAUUCCUGCAAAAAGUUGUCUCUAAUGAACCAAAAGGCAAGGAAGAGUGGGUCUCGCCAUUCAGGCAAGACGCCCUGAGCAGAAAUCAAAACAACAGGUUAUAUGUGGCAGAUGCGAAGAACAAAAAGUUCCCCACCGUUAGUGCCACUUCUGCUUACUCAAAGCAGCAGCCUAAAGAUUUGGGCUACAAAAACAUUCCGAAAAACGCUAAAAGAGCUAAGGAUAUCAGGUUUCCAACCUAUCUGACCAAGAAUGAAGAAAGACAGUAUCAGUUACUAACUGAAUUGGAACUGAAAGAGAAACAUUUGAAGUAUUUGAAAGAAUGCCAGAAGAUUACUGACUUAACAAGCGAUGGGAACGAUGACGCUGCCACUUCCGCUGAUUCCUCUCUAUCUUCAUCAGAUAAAGAGGACAGUACGACGUCCAAAGGCAAUGAAAUUGCAGGUGAGGCUGCUGCAGCGGAUAUGACUAAGAUUACGACGACCACCGCGCCAACUAGUAGCGCUGUGGGGGAUAGCGGCGAUGAGGCUACUUCCAUAGAGGAGGAACAGGACGAUAAGGCAAGUGAGACUACCUCAGUGGAAAAGGCAGCCGCUGGAAACGGGGAAGGUGCUCAGGAACCAGUGGCCCUCAAAAAUGAAGGAAGCGUGGCGGAACCUACGGCGGUCACAACUCAGGUUGACGUCCCAGAACCUGCCGUUACAUCUCAGAGCAAUGUUCCAGAAUCGGCUGUCUUACCAACAGAAGAAUCAAAGUCGGAAACAUCUGUAGUAAAGGAGGUGAACCCUACUGAAGAGGGCCAGACAGAAGAGGUCCAUGAUGAAGAAGAUGAGAAAUCGGAACAAUCAUCUGUUGAAGAACACGGUGAGGAAACUUCUACACCCGAAACUUCAGAGGCAGAAUCUGUAGAAGAUAAAGCACCAAUAGACCCCAGCAAAGCCCCAAAGGUUCCCUUCAAAGAACGUCCAAAGAAGGAAAGAACCGGUAUUUUUGCUUUAUGGAAAAGUCCAACCUCUUCAUCUGCCCAAAAAGGUGGCGUUACGGCUCCUUCGAAUCCAGUGGCUACUCCAGAAAACCCUGAAUUAAUUGUCAAGACCAAAGAACACGGUUAUUUAUCAAAAGCUGUUUAUGACAAAAUCAACUACGAUGAGAAAGUUCAUCAGGCAUGGCUGGCUGAUCUUAAAGCAAAAGAAAAAGCCAAAUACGAUGCAACAAGUACCGGAUAUAGCGAGAGAUUGCAAGACCUACAAAACCAAAUCGAUGAGAUUGAAAACUCAAUGAAGGCCAUGAGAAAGGAAACUUCCGAGAAGAUCGAAGUUAGCAAAAACAGAUUGGUUAAACAAAUCAUAGACGUUAACACCGCGCAUAAUAAUAAAAAACUAAUGAUAUUCAAAGAUACUGAGAAUAUGAAAAACCAAAAAUUACAGGAGAAGGAUGAAGUUUUGGGUAAGCAAACCGCUGUUAAAUCGGAAAUUGACGAGUUAAACAGUGCAAAGACGAACGUCCAAAAGGAGUUCAAUGAUUGGACCACAAAUCUAAGUAAUUUAUCUCAACAGUUGGAUGCCCAAAUUUUCAAGAUUAAUCAGAUCAAUUUGAAACAGAGCAAAGUUCAAAAUGAGAUCGAUGCUUUGCAAAAGAAAAAGGAAGACUUGAUUGCUCAAACUGAAGAGAAUAAAAAGUUGCAUGAAAGAAAUGUGCAAACCUUGGAGAGUGUGGAGAAUAAAGAGUACCUGCCCCAGAUUAACGAUAUUGACAAUCAAGUAUCCACUUUAUUGAACAAAAUGACUAUAAUCAGACAAGAAAACGCGAAUGAAAAAACCGAGUUAUCGGCAAUUACCAAGAGACUUGAAGACGAACGUCGUGCUCACGAAGAACAGUUAAAGCUGGAAGCCGAAGAAAGAAAACGUAAAGAAGAGAACCUAUUGGAAAAACAACGUCAAGAGCUAGAAGAACAGGCUCAUCAAGCCCAAUUAGAUCACGAACAGCAGAUCACUCAAGUUAAGCAAACAUAUAAUGAUCAAUUGACUGAACUACAGGAUAAAUUAGCAGCCGAAGAGAAAGAAUUAGAAGCAGUCAAGAGAGAAAGAACAAGACUGCAAGGUGAAAAGGCUAUCGAGGAACAAACUCGUCAAAAGAGUUCUGAUGAAGCUUUGAAACAGGAAAUUUUGGGCAAGCAACACAAACAAGCCGAAGGUUUACAUGCGGCUGAAAAGCACAACAUCCCAAAUAGCCAUUCGCCAAAAAAUGAGAUACUUGUCCCAAAGGAUGACUCAUUGUAUGAAUAUCAUACCGAAGAAGAUGUUAUGUAUGCCUGA